GAGCAGGCCUCUGCUUCUGUUUACUUAGCCGGGAGGGGCUGGGUUUCAGGUUCACCUUGACUCCUGCAGGCACAGUGAGCAGGUACCCCGCUCCCGCACCUGUUUCUCUGGCACCUGCCGCACAGCUGCUCCUACCCAGCUCCCCUGGCCCGGCCGUGCCUGGCGCAGCACCCUGGCGGCUCCCCCGGCUCCCCCAGGCUCCCCCAGGGGCAGCGCCGGCGCUCAGCCCCUUCCCUAGGGAGGGGCUCACCUCCAGCUGCGGCAGCCAGGAUCACAGAAGCCCCCCCUCCGCUCAGGGAGCACCAUGACCGAAGUGGGCUGGUGGAAGCUGACCUUCCUCCGGAAGAAGAAGUCGGCCCCCAAGGUGCUGUACGAGAUCCCUGACACCUAUGCCCAAGCGGAGGGCGGCGCCGAGCCCCCGGGACCUGAGGGCGGGGAUCCCAACAGUGACUUUAACACCCGCCUGGAGAAGAUCGUGGACAAGAACACGAAGGGCAAGCACGUCAAGGUCUCCAACUCCGGCCGCUUCAAGGAGAAGAAGAAGGUGCGAGCCACGCUGGCGGAGAACCCCAACCUCUUCGAUGACAGGGAGGGCAAAGGACAGUGAAUGGGGCCGAGGAGGGUGCUAGCCAGCAGCUCCCUGCCUGCUCCCUGCCGUCAGCUGGAUCUGAGCUCGGAGCUUGCCACGCAGGCCUCUUUGGCCGCAGCGGAAGCCCUGGGGGCAGUUGAUGCCUGCUGGCAGGCAAUGUCUGGUUUUAGGUUUGUAUUUAUGUGCCCCGGCUUUCUGGGAAGCCUGGGAGAUCCCAGGGUCCUCCCACCGUCCCCCACCACAUAUAAAGGCACUUCGGUUCCAGGAUGACAAGUGCCACCCAGGGAGUCAGCCCUCCCGGAAGCCGUGUCAGGGCGGGCAGGGAGGCGGACCAGGAAUAGAGAGAGGGAGCCUGAUUGACUUCACUUCCUCCCAGGGCACGGGGUCAAGGGUGAGUUUGACUUGCUGCUCCCUCUACUGUCUCUACCUGUGACUGUUCCCUGGACCAAUCCUGAGAGUGCAUUUUCCAGCAGACUUGUGAUGGGGGAUGGUUUCCAGGAGCCAGAGGUGGGCUGAACUUGAGCUCACCUCCUAACACAAGUGGGAAACUUCCGGGAACUUUGCCCCCAGAUGUGCAGGGGGAGGAGGACCCUGGCACUCCCUGGAGGUGGCCAGGUUAGGGACCCCAUGGGUCCAAGUUAGGGGAGGGGGUGGGGAAGCUCUGGUCAGACCUAACUGCAGCCAGUUCUCCCCCCCCCCACCCCCCCACCCCCGGUAUUUAAGAUGGAUCAGCCCCAGAGAUGAGUCCUGGAGCCUUGAAUUUUGUUUAAGGAAAUAACUGUAGGUUUCUCCCUUUGUAAUAAACAAUGCUGCAAAAGCGGA